CCGUGUGACUCUCAGCAUCUAAUGACCCACAUGAAUGGAUCGAUCGGGUUAUCCAGGGUUUGGAUGACAGCAGUGUAGUCAAAGUACAUUGAGGCAGGAAGCGUGGUAUGUGCAUAUGACGGAAGGUGUUGCUUCUUGUGACAGAGCAUUUAUGGUAAUGUACAUUUAGUCCUCAUUUCCAAAUCCUUAGGCAACGGCGAGGCAGGAUAUAUAUAAGAGACCACCCCCGAAAGUGGAUUUCAAACCCAAACCCAUCCCCCCACUCCAAAUCUCUUCUCCAAGUCCCAUCGACAAGUCAAAGUAGUUGAUCGCGAAAAUGGCAGAAGUCAAGGCUUUCCCUGUCGCUCCCCGCACGAAUGGUUCAGACCCAACACGUCCCAAAGUUCAUGUUGGACCUGACAUCGCCGCGUACAAAACGUUCCACGGCCAGACGAUUGGCGAGCAGAGCGAUGAGUGGUGGGCUAACGCCGCUCGCGAGCUACUUUAUUGGCAUCGUGACUUCAAGACUGUCCGUACCGGAUCCUUUGAGCGCGGAGAUAUAGCGUGGUUCGUCGAGGGCGCUUUGAACGCCAGCUAUAAUUGCGUUGAUCGAUGGGCGUACAAGAACCCCGACAAGCCCGCUAUCAUAUACGAAGCCGACGAGCCUUCUGACAGUAAAAUCAUCACUUUUUCUCAGCUUUUCAAUGAAGUCUCCCGUAUCGCUAAUGUACUCAAAUCCUUCGGCGUCAAGAAAGGCGACACUGUCUCGGUUUACCUUCCCAUGACCUGGCAUGCUGUAGCCGCCUUCCUCGCCUGUGCCCGAAUUGGCGCCAUUCACUCCGUCGUCUUCGCCGGAUUCUCAUCUGAAGCUCUCAGGGACCGCGUGAAGGACUGUGGAUGUCGUGUAGUUAUUACCAGCGAUGAAGGGAAGAGAGGCGGCAAGACAAUUGCUACAAAGGCUAUUGUCGAUGCUGCCCUCAGGGAGGUUGAAGGUGUGGAGCAUGUACUCGUUUUGAAGAGGACCGGAAAGCCUGUGCCUUGGGUUGAGGGAAGAGACAAGUGGUGGCAUGAGGAGAUCGAGAAGGUUCCCGCUUAUUGCGUUCCAGAGGUGAUGAGUGCUGAGGAUCCGUUGUUUAUUCUUUAUACGUCUGGUUCUACGGGUAAGCCAAAGGGUGUUGUACAUACCACCGGUGGUUACCUUCUGGGUGCGGCACUCACCGUCAAGUACGUCUUUGAUGUUCAUCCCGAGGACAAAUUUGCAUGCAUGGCCGACGUCGGUUGGAUCACGGGUCACACGUACAUUAUCUACGGACCUCUUGCAAAUGGCGUGACAACGACCGUAUUCGAAUCAACCCCCGUCUACCCAACUCCCUCUCGUUACUGGCAAACGGUCGAUAAACACCAACUUACGCACUUCUACAGUGCCCCAACUGCUAUUCGUCUGCUCCGUCGUCAUGGUGGAGAACAUGCCGCCCCCUACAAACUCACCUCUCUCCGAGUCAUAGGCACUGUAGGUGAACCCAUCAAUCCUGAGGCGUGGUUAUGGUACAACGAACACGUGGGAAGGGGACAAUGUGCCAUCGUUGACACGUGGUGGCAAACCGAAACUGGUAGCAUCAUGAUUACACCUUUGCCUGGUGGUAUUCCCACUAAACCCGGUAGCGCAACGUUGCCGUUCUGGGGAAUUAAUCCUGCAAUUGUUGACCCUACUUCGGGGAAGAUCGUUGAGGAUGAGGCUGUGGCUGCUGGUCGAUUGGGUGAAGGAAAGGUUAAACCUCACGAGGGUGUGCUAGUGAUUACGAAGCCUUGGCCAAGUAUCGCGAGGACCAUUUGGAGGGAUCAUGCGAGGUAUUUAGAGACAUACAUGAAGCCUUACCCCGGAUACUUUUUCACCGGUGACGGUGCUGCUCGUGAUGCAGAUGGAUACAUUUGGAUCAAAGGGCGCGUGGAUGACGUCAUCAACGUUUCCGGACAUCGUCUCUCGACCGCUGAGAUCGAAAGCGCGCUCAUCCUCCAUAGUGGUGUUGCCGAGACUGCCGUCAUUGGAACUGCGGAUGAUUUGACCGGCCAAGCCGUUAAUGCUUUUGCUACUCUCAAGCCCGACUUCCAAUACAACAAGGAAGACGACUCCUCCCUCGUUAAAGAGCUCAUCCUCCAGGUACGAAAGACCAUCGGGCCGUUCGCAGCGCCGAAACGAAUCUUCAUCGUUUCGGAUCUACCGAAGACUCGGUCGGGAAAGAUCAUGCGGAGGAUCUUGAGAAAGAUCGUGGAUGGACAGGGGGACCAGUUGGGUGAUUUGAGCACCCUUGCAGAUCCGAGCGUCGUGGAGGAUAUCAAGAAGUAUGUGGCCAAAGCUCAGGCAAAAUUGUAGGGAGAGCGAGCGGGGGAGUCCCCUUUACCUAUGUGCUGGCUGGCUUCCUCUUCUUCCUUCCUUUCCUUUUUUCAAAAGAUCUCUUUCUGUGAAUGAUAUCGGUAUGUAAUAAAGUUGUUUCUGUCAUGUUUCUCUCUCCUGUUAUGAAGUGUACGUACAUACCUAUGAUCUGUAUGGUCUGU